AUGUACUCAACACGCGAGGAUAUCAAAGCUGCUGUUGAUGCGUAUCGUGCACACAUAGCUGAACGUAAUCGCCGUGCCCUUGAAGUCUACGAAUAUCUAGUGCAACUUGUCACGCAGGUUGAGCUCGACCCGGAGGAUUGGGGAGAUGAAGCCGAAGACUUGAAAGUAGACUGUUUUGGGAGCGUCCUGGGUCGGAAUGAUGCCCAGACCUUGAUAUCGAGUCCAGAGGAUAUGCUCACGAAGUUCGAUGAACUCGCACCGCUUUGCGAUCUUGACGGUUGUGGGUGGUCUCUUUCGACCAGCGAUGAGCGAGAGUUGUAUUUCUCUCGUCUAGAAAGCGCUCUGAAGGCAAAAUGCCUCGAAGAAGUUCGCGAUAGCAUCACCGCUCCUCCUGAGCUUCGCAUUCUUGCGGAGUACGUGGGUGCAUUGACUGGACCCGGCAUGGGAGAGACCAAGUGGACGUACCAGGCCAUGUUCUGGACCGGGACGAGCCCUCAGACGGAUCUUAUGAUUGAUGCUACGGUUAAGAAACCCCAAGAGCUUACAGUCGAUGGUUGUUGGGAUGUCGCUGUUGGAUGGGAAUCUGGGCAUGGCGUUGAGAGUUUCUUUUACAUAGUCUACUGCCGAAGGGACCAGCCCGACGGGGAAGUUGAGCCAUGGGCCUGGCGGUACAUGGCUUAUGGUCCGGACGACUGCAGAACCUUUGAUACUAUCCCGGAGUUGCUCGAGUGGUAUAGUCGAUAUCGGGAAAGAGAGGUGCCUAAUAUUGAGAGCUUGGACGCGGACGAGGUACUGGAAGGGCACAUGUACUAG